AUGGAAGCGCGUUGUCGUGUAGCGUCAUGGUCGUGGCCGGCGAUCCUAUCGACGAUCGUCGUCCUGUGCCUGACGCUGGAUUAUUGUACGGUGUACGGGCGCAGCAUCACAAGUCUCUCACAGGCACCGAACGGCUGCGAGUGGAGAAAGGAAAACGAUGACGCGGAGAAGAUUCUGGCGUGCCAGGUCAAAACGAUCGCGAACGUGUCUGAUCUGAUUGGAAAUCUUUCGGCGAUACAAAUAGAUUCCAUUACAUCGUUGGGAUUGGAAUGCAGUGAUGUAUUGUUCUUCGAAAGUCAGCUCGAGGGUUCGCAACUUUUCCUGUUACCGUUACCGCGUCUCACGAAAUUGCGCGUUGAUUAUUGCAAGAUCCGAAACUUACCGGGCGGUGUAUUCGCCCUAGUACACAAUCUCCGCAGUCUAUCCCUGCGAACGCACAACGGUGAUUGGUCGACCAUGACGCUGGAAUUUCAUCGCGAUGCGCUUCGUGGUUUGACGAAUCUGCAGCACCUCGAUCUCUCCGAUAACAAUCUUUGGACGUUGCCGUCGGAACUGUUCUGUCCGGUGCAGAGUAUCGUGAGUUUGAACUUGACGCGCAACAAGUUACAGGACAUCACGUCUCUAGGCUUUGCCGAUUGGAGCGAGUCCUGUACGCCAAAUCUUGAGAUUCUCGACAUCAGUAAUAACGACCUCAGUGCCUUGCCCGACGGCGCACUCAGCAGCUUGCGUAGCUUGACCGUGCUGAAGGUACAGGAUAAUGUAAUCGGUUCCGUAGGUGACCACGCUCUAACUGGCCUUACAUCUUUGCAAAUCCUCAAUAUGUCUAGCAAUAGACUCGUUGCACUGCCACCAGAAUUAUUUUCCAAAACGAGAGAGCUGAGACAGCUGAUACUCAGUAAUAAUUCCCUGACGGUAUUAGCACCCGGGCUGCUGGACAGUCUUGAGGAACUCCAGGAGUUAGAUCUCAGCAAUAACGGACUAACGAACCCAUGGGUGAAACGAGAUACUUUUUCACAGUUGAUUCAUCUCGUCGUUCUUGAUCUAUCAUUCAACGCUUUGACGAAAAUAGAUGCGUCCGUCUUCAAAGGUCUGAGCAGCUUACAGAUUCUGAAGCUUGAACACAAUAAUAUCGAUACGCUCGCCGACGGUUGUUUCGCCUCGCUCAUUAGUCUGCAUUCCUUAACGCUUUCGCACAACAGGAUCUCCAGAUUCGAACCGGUGCACACGAUCGGUCUUAGUGCGCUCGGACAGCUCUUCCUAGAUAGCAACAGACUGCGCGUCCUACAUAGGCAUGUGUUCACCAAUCUCACGAACCUUCAAGAUCUCUCUUUGAGCGGAAAUGCUUUGAUGGAAGUUCCUUACGCGGUCCGCGUGUUGCACUCACUCAAAACUCUCGAUCUAGGUAACAAUCAAAUGUCGAGAAUCGAUAAUGACUCGUUUGCCGGUUUGAACGAGGUUUACGGAUUGCGUUUAGUGGACAACAAGUUGGAAAACGUGUCGCGCGAAGCAUUCGCUACUUUGCCAGCGUUACAAGUGCUUAAUCUAGCGAAUAAUUUCAUUCGUCACGUGGAACAAAGUGCUUUCUCAAAUAAUCCGGUGUUACGGGUUAUAAGACUGGACGGAAAUCAAUUGACAGACAUACGAGGCGCCUUCACAAGUCUCUCGACUCUCGUUUGGCUGAACGUGUCCGAUAAUAAGCUGCUGUGGUUCGACUACAGCCAUCUACCGUCUAGCAUAGAAUGGCUGGAUAUACACUCCAAUCAAAUAAGCGAGCUAGGGAAUUUCUACAUGGUACACAACAGUCUGCGAAUAAAGAUGCUAGACGUCAGCUACAACCUUAUCACCGAGAUUAAGGAUAUCAACGUACCGGAUAGUGUGGAGAUGCUGUUUCUAAACAACAACAAGAUACGCAACGUUGCUCCUGGCACAUUCUCGCAGAAGCCAUAUCUGGAUAAGGUAGUGCUUCACAGCAAUGAGAUCAGAAAGUUGGAGAUCACCGCCCUUGGUUUACAAUCGGUAUCGGAGAAGAAGGAACUUCCUGCGUUUUAUAUCGGGGACAAUCCCAUUCUCUGUGAUUGCACCAUGGAAUGGUUGCCACGGAUCAACGAGAUGACUCGGCUACGACAGUAUCCGCGCGUCAUGGAUCUCGGUGCUGUCACGUGCGAUAUGGUGCAUGCUCGCGCCACACCGCGGCGUCCUCUGAUUUCCUUGAAACCAAAGGACUUUCUCUGCCGAUACGAUACGCACUGCUUCGCACUCUGUCACUGCUGCGACUUUGAUGCGUGCGACUGCGAGAUGACCUGUCCCGACAAUUGUUCAUGCUAUCACGAUCACAGCUGGUCCAGCAACGUCGUUGACUGUUCCAACGCUGGAUAUAGACACGUACCGGAACGAAUACCUAUGGAUGCGACGGAGAUCUAUCUGGACGGUAAUGAGCUAGGUGAUCUGAGCAGUCACGUUUUCAUCGGUAAACGUCGCUUGGAGGUACUGUAUUUGAACAACAGUCGUAUCAUCGCGAUACAUAAUCGCACGUUCAACGGUGUUGGUGCUUUGCGCGUUCUUCAUCUCGAGGACAACGCGUUACGGGAACUACGGGGCUUCGAAUUCGAUCAGUUGGAGCGCAUGUCGGAAUUGUAUCUGGAUCAUAAUGCGAUCGCGACUGUGGGCAAUACAACGUUCAAGAAGAUGCAAAAUCUCGAGGUUUUACGAUUAGACAACAAUCGUAUUGUUGACUUUCGGCCGUGGGAAGCUUUGCCGAGCGUCGGUGAUGGCACCAAGGUCGCAUUGGAAGGCAAUGCGUGGAGCUGUGAGUGUGUGAAUGCUGCCAGACUACGCGCAUGGCUCGCGGAACAUCGUGGUGAUCCGCAAAAGAUGUACUGCCGUGACGGUUCCGAGACUCUUGCCCAAGCAAUGGAAAGAUGCGGCGAUCCGUCCACGGAAGCUGUGAGUCGUGGUAUCCAAGAGAUCCCGUUGUUAGGCAGUAAUUUUGUACCCCUACUUGCUGGUGCUCUGGUAGCUGUGAUCGCCAUCUGCCUCUUUGUCGCACUAGCUUUCGUUUUCCGACAAGAUGUGCGACUCUGGGCCCACGCGCGUUACGGUCUGCGACUUGGUAAAAUGACAGCACCGCCUGAUGAGGAGAGAGAUAGACUGUACGACGGUUAUAUUAUUUACAGCGAACGUGACGAAGACUUCGUCUCCAGAUUCCUUGCAGCUGAAUUAGAGCAAGCCGGUUUGGCUCUUUGUUUACAUUGGCGCGACUUACCACCGGCCAGGCCGCAGGAGGCGCUACCACCGGCCGCGGCCUCCGCGAGACGCAUCGUGAUAAUCUUCUCGCCGGUGUUCCUCGCGAAUGAGUGGCAGCACGCAGAAUUCCGCGCCGCUCUAAGAACGGCGCUGGAGAACAUUAGGCCGACCUCGCGGAAGCGUCGAGUGUUAGUGUUGCUAGCUACUGAGACGCCCACCCGAGACCCAGAGUUGCAACUGCUGCUGCAAACGUGCACAGUAGUGAUCUGGGGCGAGAAGAGGUUCUGGGAAAAGCUGAGGUUUGCCAUGCCAGACUCAGUCGACAAACGGCGCGAUAGCAAGAAGGUCAACGACCGCAAUCGCACGCCGACGCGGUACACUGCGGCGCCGUCCGCUGCCGUGGACGUUUGGACCAAGCCUAAUGGCGUUUUGGUCGCACCGGUGCACCAUGCACCCACGCCGACACCCACGCAGUCUACCUACGUCAGCUCGGCGUCCAGCCGUACCGAGGACGAGGACAGCGGCGCGGAACACCAGCAUCAUCAGCAUCAUCCACAUCAUCCUCAUCAACACGGCUACAGCGCGCUACACGCCGGUAACGGCCGUCCGGCCAGUCUGUCCUCGAGAGGCAGCCAUCUCUACAGCACCAUACCGGAACCACCGGUAGUGCCCACCGCGCCACCCGGGGAGGCCCUCGCUCCCGCGCAUCCAGGCAAUCCGCGUACUUACUUUGUCUAG